AUGAAGUACACUGCAAUUGGACAUGGUCUAACACAUAAUACAAGUGAAUUUCAAGAAAAACAAUCGGUUAAUAAAAAUCGCAGAUCGCUCGCUACCAAUGAUAAUGAUAAUCUUUGGGAUGAAGGCAUUAUUCCUUAUGAAAUCGACAAUAGUUAUACUGGACAACAGCGGAAGUUGAUAAAGCAAGCAAUGCGACAUUGGGAACAAUCGACGUGUCUUAAAUUUUUUCCGAGAAUCAAAGAACUUGAUAAACAUUACGUAGUGUUCGCUAAACAACAAUGCGGAUGUUGUUCAUUCGUUGGCAAACAAUUAUCUGCAAUGCAAAUUCUUAGUAUGGCUGAUAACUGUAUGAGCUUGGGUAUGAUUCUCCAUGAAUUAGGACAUACGAUUGGACUUCAUCAUGAACACAGUCGUCCAGAUCGUGAUAAGUACGUGGAAGUUCUCAAUGCUAAUAUCAUGAUCGGCGAAGAAAGAAACUUUGCUAAAGAAUCAGAAAAUAAUUCUACUACAUUGGGGCAGGCUUAUGAUUAUGAUUCAAUAAUGCACUAUCCUGGAAACGGUUCAUCGAAAAGACUCGAUUUAGACACAAUCAGACCGUUGAUGAAGAUAAAUGGUAAAUUGCCAAUACUUCGUAAAAGGAAUAAUCUCAGUCGAGGUGAUAUUGUCACGACAAAUCUUCUGUACCACUGUCUCAGUACGUAUCAUUUAUCUUAUCAAUACACUCUCGUUUAA